AUGAGCAAACAUGGAGACCGCUACAUUCCCUCCCGAGCAGGAGCUAAGUGGAGUCUGCACUUCCACAGCAUAGAUGACCCUGAAAAAUCCCCCAGGCAGAAACAGAAAGAAGAUCCUUGGGGCAAUGGCAAAGAUAAGCCAGUCUAUUCUGCCUUGCUGAAGAAUGAGCUGCUGGAAGCUGAGAUCCAGACAGUCCAGUAUCCAAAAGCAGAGGCCCAAACACCUGGCAAGUCAAAGAAUCUCUUCACAGUGACCAGGCUUUUUGACCUGUGUGACGAAGGAGAUUCUGUAACCUCCGUGGGCUGGUAUGAAAGAGGGAACUUGUUAGCAGUUGGCACACAGAGAGGCUUUGUGCAGAUCUGGGAUGUAGAUGCUAAGAAGAAAGUGUCCACGAUGGAGGGCCACAAAGCUAGAGUCGGUGCAUUGGCCUGGUAUGCGGACCAGAUUUCUUCUGGGAGCAGAGACACACGGAUCCUCCAGAGAGAUAUCCGGGCAUGCCCCCUGCAGUCUCAGCGCUGGCUGCAAGGUCACAAGCAGGAGGUGUGCGGGCUGAGGUGGUCCACAGAUCACCAGCUGUUGGCCUCUGGUGGAAAUGACAAUAAGCUUCUGGUCUGGAACCAUUCCAGUUUCAGGCCUGUCCAGCAGUACACCUAUCAUAAGGCAGCUGUGAAAGCCAUCGCAUGGUCUCCCCAUCAGCACGGCCUGUUAGCCUCAGGUGGUGGUUCAGCUGACCGCUGCAUCCGAUUCUGGAAUACACUGACGGGGCAGCCCCUGCAGCGCAUCGAUACUGGUUCCCAAGUGUGCAACUUAGCCUGGUCCAGACACGACAACGAGCUGGUCAGCACCCAUGGAUAUGCAGAAAACCAGAUCGCCAUCUGGAAAUACCCCUCCUUGACACAAAUAGCCAAACUCACAGGCCAUUUAUACAGAGUUCUGUAUCUGGCAGUGUCUCCUGAUGGCCAGGCCAUAGUUACAGGGGCUGGAGAUAAGAGCCUGAGGUUUUGGAAUGUUUUUCGUAAAGCCCGUUCACAAAAGGAAUCUGGAUCUGUUCUCAGUCUUUUCACUAGAAUCCGGUAA